AUGGUGUUGAACACUUGGUUUUUAGAUCAUUUUUACAAUUUGGAUACUAUAAUCAGAAUUGGAUGGUUGGCAUUAAUAUUUGCACCGUUCAACAAGAUUUCGAAGUAUUGCAUUAUUUUACCGACUUUACUGUUCUCCAUUGAAUGCAUCCUGAUGCUACUCUUUCGAGACUUACCAGUGCUCAAUUGGAUUUCACUCAAAGAUCUACUCAUGACUAUCAUCGUUCAACGAAAGCAAUUUUAUCUGAUGGAUUUAUGGAUUGCUCAAUGGAUGGUUUAUAAUUUCUAUGCAGGAUGCGGCAAAACGGCAUCAUGUGGCUCAUAUCAUAUCAACAAAACAUGGACGUCGGAAAGAUAUGUGUUUACUAUCCUCCUUUUCCUGACUUAUCUUGCUGCGCCGCUUGGCCUCGUACUUUACAUCGUAGGAAAACACUCUUUUUUGAAAGAGUAUCAAAAGAAUGUACAAAAUGUUAUUAAAAACGACCAUUUUCAUAUUGAUCAACUGAAACAUCCAUUCUCAAUUCCUCAUACCGUUCGAUUUGCUGAUCGAUUACCUGAAUCGUUGUCGUCAAUCUACUAUUUCUUACUUGGCAUUAUUGGGUUAACAAUUUUAUUUACUAUCGUUCUUCCAAGUUACAUCGGUUUGAUAAUCUAUUGUCGAAUCGUGUACAAGUAUUCAUCAUCAUCAUUAUCCGACUUAAAAACCAUCCCCGAAUCUGUUCGCAAUGUAACAGCAGAGAUGAGAUUAACAUUGAUCAAAACCGAUCGCAAUCAACGACGUUUGAUCUGGCAUCUCAAAUAUCUUCUUUUGCAAUUCGCUACUAUAUUCGAAUAUGCAUCCAACUAUUCUGAACCUUUUCGUUUAUUUCAAUCCUUAGAAGAAUACUUUCGUAAAAUCUAUCAUACUCCAUACUUCGUUUUGGGUAAUGGUAUCGCAGUGAAUUCGUAUGACAUAGUCAAACGGUAUAUUCAAGAUCUUCCACCACGAAAAGAUGCGGAGCUACUGGCUUGGGAAAUUUCACCAUCAUUGGAAACAUUUUGUGAUUUUACAACAGUUUUUCUUUCCACUGACCAUCCGGAUACGCAGUUAGGUCGUAAGAUCAUAUUUCAAUGGUUACAUUCCUUUCCUCAUAAUCUGAAACAUCGAAAUUUCGAAAUGGAACUUCAACUUUCACGAAUAGUUCCACGUCACAUGGAUAAAAAGCCAACGAAAGAUCUAGUCUACCAAGCUAUCGGAGAAGUUAUGUUUGUCUUGGCAACCAAUGGAGAACUAACAAAAAGUGAACGAUUAGCUUAUAUCAGUUGCGUGCAAAGCCCAUUCAUAUUCUUCCCUAAUUGGUUCAAUUUCUUAUUGAAUGGUCAUCAUUUCGAACGGAAAAAUCUACGCAAUUAUUACACACUGCUUCGUGCAUUUUUGCGCUAUGAAAAUGGAUUGGCUUUACAAGCAGCUUUUAUGGCAGCUGAAAAGAAGAAGUCGCGCGAAGAAGUCUUGAAAUUUAUCACCGUUGUUUUUUGUGUGGCUGGAAGUCCGGCACCAGCGAAACUAGCAGUGACUGUCAUCGAUCGAUUGUGGGCAGACAAGGAAAAAAAUGUUCCGUUAUUCAAGAAAAACCCUCACAAUGUUAUAAAAGAAUGCGCUCGACUGGAUAAAGCUGUUCCGACAGUGAAUAUCCUGGCAACAGAUGAAAUCGUUAGUGAAGUUGAAAAAUCUUUUGAAAGUAAGAUCCAAAUUCCUGAGAAUACGCCAAUUCAUUGUUCAAUUGUCAAUGCCAAUCGUGACAAAACGGUUUUUGAAAAUCCUGAUGAGUUUCUACCAGAUCGUUUGGAUUUGAACAAAAUCCUUGUUUGGAACGGUGUUGAAGAGGAUAUCAUCAAUCCGGAUCAGAGCAAACGACCCAUUCGAUACUGUCCCGGACAUGAUUUAUCUCUCGAUAUUGUCCAAUAUGUCGCCGAGCGAUUUUCACCAGUUACUGACGACAUCGACGAAGAUAAUACCAACAACAAAAACGAACAAGAUUUGAUCGUCUUCGAACAAAAGAUCCGAAAAUUGACUCCAAUCGAAGAAAGUCAUUGCUGGAAUGUGUUAGACACAUACACAAAAGUUGUUCGACUAUUAAUGACAAUCGUUAUUAACGAAUCCAAUUUAUUUCCAUCACGUGCUAUUGAUAUAGCGCCACCCAUGCAUUUACCCAUAAAGAAUUUCAGUAUCUUUCGUAUCGACAUGGCAAAAUUCAUCCCGUCCUGGGACGAAGAUAAACCGAAUGGUUCACGACCGUUGAGAAGGUUCGCUCGUUGGUUAGUUAACAGUAACAUUUGGGAUUUUUAUGAUUGUCUAGCGGGAUUCGAUACAUUAGCGCAAGGACUGGCAUGGCGCUCACAAAUUUUCCCUUCAUUACCUUUGCCAAAUAUUGUCUACACCGACAUGUUUUCAGAUGAAGCGAUGGGUCGCUUGGCAUUCUUCGGUUGUGCAUGUCAUUAUACUCAACGGAUUGACAAAUCUGAGCAUCCAUCUUUACAAAACGCUGUCUAUGUUAAUGACAUGACUGUGUUAUCGAUCUUCCGUGUUCGAAAACCAUUCGAACGAUACGGUGCAGCAGCAUAUUUCGAUGGCGAUUUUCAAUUGAUUGCCAUCUACUGGUGUCAUGCCAAUCGAUUAGUUAGAAAAGAUGAUCAAUUCUGGGAGCAUGCUAAAUAUGUUUGGCGUUCAUCAUUCUUCGCUUACGUAACGAUACACGAUCAUUUAAUUGUUACACAUAUGAUCGAAUGCAAUGCAUUGGUCACUGCCACACGAAAAUAUUUGACCAAUGGUCAUCCACUACGAUUAUUUCUCCAACCAUUUACAUAUCACACGGUUUCAGUUAAUUACCAAGCUGCUAUUUCAUUAGUCAAUCGGCGCGGUCUCGUUCAUCGCGUAUGGGCAUUUGAUUACGAUGAAUUUUUGAAAGUAUGUGACUAUAUCUCUAUGACUUACAAAUUUCGUUUACUACCUGAAUAUAUUCCUUCGUCCAUGUCUCCAGAAAACAACUCGAAAACCAAAGAACAAUGGGACAAAGUUUAUCCAAUCUAUUCCGAUUUGAAUCAUUUUUGGAAGGGCAUUCAUAAAUAUGUUGAAAACUUCUUUCAUAUAACUUUUAACGUGCAAGACGAUGACAAAUUACCGGUGGAUGCGCGUAUGACGGAGUUUAUUAAUGAAUUAUGCAAACAACUAGGCAUACCUGGCAUUGUCUCAUUAAAACGAUUUAUUGAUGUUUUAGCACAUCUCAUCGUCAGUGGUACGGGUAUGCACGAACAUGUCGGACAAAUUAGUGAUUACGUCAUUGAUCCAAGAUUUAUCGGAGCAAAAUUAGAAGAAGGAAAGGAAAUUCAAAAUAUCCAGACAUACACUCAAAUACUGAUUUUAACAGUUGUUACCGGUGUGCGUAUGCCUGGCUUGUUAGAAGACUGGAGUCAUUUGAUUGAACGUAAUCAGUACUAUGAGAAGAAUUUAGUGAAUUAUGAAAAUUUCAAAAAUGAAUUGAAAAACUUAUCUCAAGAUAUCGAUCAUCGGAAUAAAACAAGAAAAUAUCCGUUUGAAUCAUUUAAUCCAAAAUUUAUCGAGUGUUCAGCGUCUGUUUGA